AUGGAGAAAGCAAUAAUGAAUAAUAAUCCUCACUUUGUUUUGGUUCAUGGGGCUGGCCAUGGUGGCUGGUGCUGGUUCAAGCUCCUCAGCCUUCUCCGCUCGGCCGGCCACCACGCCACCGUCAUCGACCUCGCCAGCGCCGGCACCGACCCCACAAAGUUGGAUGACGUGGCAUCUAUCCACCAUCAUGUUCAGCCGUUGAUGGACCUGAUUGAAGGUAUCCCUCAACAACAAAAAGUUGUCCUUGUUGGGCAUAGCUAUGGCGGCCUUCUAAUCUCUUUGGCUAUGGAAAAAUUCCCACAUCGGAUUCUUGUUUCUGUUUUUGUCACUGGCUAUAUGCCUCACUUUCAUUGUCCCCCGGCAGCUGUACUACAAAAAUUAUUUAUGAGCCUUUCGGUAGAGACUGUGAUGGAUUGUGAAUUUAAAUUUGGUGAUGAUCCAGAAAUGCCAAAUUCUGUUGUUUAUGGCCACAACUUUUUGAGACAAAAGUUAUAUAAGAACUGUUCCGAGGAGGAUUUGGAGUUGGGGAAAUUGUUGGUGAGGCCAUUCAAGAUGUUUUUUGAGGAUUUGUCUAAGGAAUCUGUUCUGACCGAAGCGAAAUUCGGGUCGGUGGAUCGGGUUUUCAUCGUGUGUGAAGGAGAUGAAGUUAUGGAGGAGAAAUUCCAGAGGUUGAUGAUAGAAGAAUUCCCACCAAAAGCUGUGAAAUAUAUUUAUGGAGGAGGGCAUAUGGUUAUGCUCUCAAAACCCAAACAACUUUAUCAACAUUUGAUUGAAGUUGCUGAGAGUUUUAGUUCAAUUAAUCAAUGUAAUGACCCUCAAGUCUUUAGUAGCUUUGAGAAACUAGCUGCCCUCAAUUAAUAUAUCCCAUUACUUAGAAUUUCCCUAGCAAUUAAAGAUGGUCAGCAAUUCUCAGAAAAAUUUUAGUUUCAAGAAGUUUCAAUUUCUAGCAAAUGUUUACAAUUAAAGCUGUUGUGCUUAUUCAUAACC